AUGUCAAAUCAUCCAAUCCCCAUUGUUGAUUUCACUCCGUUCUUAGACGGUUCUGCGAAACAGCAGGCUGCAGAUCAGCUCAUCGGGUCGUUCAAAUCGGCUGGAUUUGUCUAUCUCACGAAUUUUGGUAUCCCGGAGGGAGAGGUCGCAAAGAUGUUUGACUGGCUGAAACGCUUUUUUGCUCUUCCUCACGAAACCAAAAUGCUUGCGCCUCAUCCGGAUUCUGGAAUGCAUCAUCGAGGAUACUCCUACCCUUGCCAGGAAAAAGUGACCCAAUACUCGGAUUCUGGGGACGAAUUCACCAUCGCACUGCCAAACAUGAAGGAGUCCUUCGAUUGCGGGAGCGAGCAUAACGACUCUAUGCCAAACAUCUGGCUGCCUGAGGGCGUCCUCCCCGGGUUCAAUGAAGCGUGUUUGUCCUUCUUUUGGAAAUGUCACGAAGUCGAACAGAAUAUCCUCCGCGCCCUUGCACUGGGUUUUGGCUUGGAGGAGGAGUGGUUCUUGAGGUAUCACGAGACGGUAAAUAAUCAGCUGAGGCUACAUCACUAUCCUAGCAUAUCCUCUGAAUUGCUCGAGACGAACAAGCUGACAAGGAUAUCGGCUCAUACGGAUUUCGACACACUUACAUUCCUCUUUCAAGGUGAGAUAGGAGGACUCGAAGUCGAGGACCCGAAUGAGCCUGGGAAGUACGUGGCAGUGACUCCCAUUCCCAACUCGGUCGUUCUCAACGCGGGUGACUUUUUGCGGCGAUGGUCGAAUGACACGAUACGGAGUACAAUGCACCGCGUUGUAGCACCGCCGGGUGUGGUGGCAAAGGAUGGCCUGCUUCCGUCCCGGUAUUCUAUGCCUUACUUCUGUGCUCCCGACAUGUCUAUGAUUAUCGACGCCAUACCAGGCACGUGGUCGGCAGACCAGCCUAAAAAGUAUGAGCCUGUUUCGGUGAAGGAGUAUGUAAUGAAGCGGUUUGCCGCAAAUUAUUGA